AUGGUCCCGGUGCCCAACAGCACGGCGGUGACAUGGCCGGAGCCGGAGCGGUCGCCCUGCAUGGUUGGCAUCUUCCCUGUUGUGUACUACAGCGUCCUGCUGGGCCUGGGGCUGCCAGUGAACGUCCUGACAGCCGUGGCCCUGUCCCGCCUGGCCACGAGGACCAAGAAGUCAUCAUACUGGUACCUGCUGGCCCUCACCACGUCCGACAUCCUCACCCAAGUCUUCAUCAUCUUCGUGGGCUUCAUUCUGCAGACGGCCAUCCUGGCACGGGCGGUGCCUCGCGCCUUCAUCCACAUUGUCAACGUUUUGGAGUUCACAGCCAACCACGCCUCCAUCUGGGUCACCGUCCUGCUCACCGUGGAUCGCUACGUGGCCCUGUGCCACCCGCUGCGGUACCGCGCCGUCUCCUACCCCCGCCGCACCCGAAGGAUCAUCGCCGCUGUCUUUGCCGUGGCUCUGGCCACUGGCAUCCCCUUCUACUGGUGGCUGGACGCCUGGCGUGACGCCGACCCACCCACCGCACUGGACAGGGUGCUCAAAUGGGUGCACUGCGUCACCAUCUACUUCCUGCCCUGCAGCAUCUUCCUGGCCACCAACUCCGUCAUCAUCCACAAACUGAAGCAGCGCGGACGCUCCGGGAGACGCCGGCUGCACCGGGGCAAAACCACAGCCCUCCUCCUGGCCAUCACCACUGUCUUCAUCGUGCUCUGGGCUCCCCGCACCGCUGUCAUGAUGUGCCACCUCUACGUGGCCUCGGUCAAGCAGGACUGGCGCGUGCACCUGGCCCUGGACAUCGCCAACAUGGUGGCCAUGCUCAACACCACCCUCAACUUCUUCCUCUACUGCUUUGUCAGCGAGACGUUCCGCCGCGCCGUGAGCGAGGUGCUCUGUGGCCACACGUGGCAUGGCCCCCGCCACAGCGGCGCCCGCUUUGUGCCCCCAGCCCCGAGCCCACUGCAGCUGCUGGGCACGGUGUGCUCAGCAGGGUGCUGCCACCAGCCGGGGGUCUCGGUGCUCACCCAGCACCCAGUGGGACGACACCUCAGGGAUGCUGCCCCGCUGUGCCCACACCCACAGAGCUGCAGUGCUGGAGGUGGUGGGAGCUCACAGCUGCUCUCCAGCUCCAACAACGCAGCAAACCUGCGCCCAGGGCUGGGCCCAGUUGAGCUCUGCAGCCCCGGGGAAGAGGCAAUGUGAUGGGGUUGAACUCUCCUGCAUAAACUCCAAUGUUUGGUCUGUA